AUGGCCAGUUCCACCCAGUCCUUGCUGAACCUUGAUCCCGAGCAUAUAUCAUGCAUCGGAGGGCGGACAGUGGUUACAUGCAAAGGUUGCGCAGGGAAUGCCCCAAGAGGAGCAAUCUGUCUCAGCUGCAACGGUCGCGGCUUCAACAUCUUCGUCUGUGCACACUGCAACCCCGCAGCUGCAGCAGCUGCUGCCGCAGCCAGAGUAACGGCGAACCCCACAACUGCAUCUGCAGAAACACCCGGAUCCUCGGCACCGUCAUCCCCCGGCUCUUUAAGUUGCAGCUCGUCUGGUUCGCAUCCUUCACAUAUCGAUCCAAACGUUGCUCGUUCGUACGCGAAAUAUGGGGGUGAUCGUGAUAGUACGAGCUGUGGGCGGAUCGAUAGCAAUAUGAAUAAGCCACGGAAUCCGUGA